GGAGAGUCCCAACUUUCCAUCUCACCAAAUUCAUACACAUAUAACAUGUUUCACAUGUCUCCACGGAAUCACAAACAACCUUAACAACUCCAAUCUGAUAGAGAAGGGCUCUGCGGGAAAUGUACAUGGUGUUCAAGCGUCUCAUCAUCGGCGGCGAAAUUGUUGAAGAAGAAGGCGAGUGGGAGAAGGAGAGGUAAACAAGCAGUUGCAAUCAAGUGAUGGAGCAGAAAGCGGCGGCGGCGGUGGUGGCGCGGUGCGAGUGCUGCGGGCUGACGGAGGAGUGCACGGAGGCGUACAUUAAGCGGGUGCGCGAGCGGUACUCGGGGCGGUGGAUUUGCGGGCUUUGCGGCGAGGCGGUGAAGGACGAGGUGGUGAGGUCGGAGAGGGGAAUUGGGAGCGAAGAAGCGCUAAUUCGGCACAUGAAUUUCUGCCGGAAUUUCAAGAAUCUGGCGCCGCCGAAGAAUCCGACGGAGGAGCUGAUUGACGCGGUCAAACAGCUGCUUCUGAGGAGCCUCGACUCGCCUCGGUCCAGCCCGGUGAAGAAGGCUGCCCUGCUGCGCAGCCAGAGCUGCGAGCCGGCGCUGCAGUCGAGCUGAGCCGAGUGUCGAGUCUCGCAGAUGCUAGUGUGUCUGAGCCACCUCCUCAAGUCGAGCUGAGCCAAGCGUCGAGUCUUGUAGUUGUAGAUGUGAUGAAACAUUGGUUUGUGAAAUAAGUCAUGUGUUUUAAAUUACUCUACUACUUAUUUUCUUAAUGUUCUUUUUUGAUGUUGAAAAGUGUUUUUCUGAAUUUAAUUGAGUUAAUGAUGGGUCUUUACUCAUUGCAUUGCGCUUA